CCUCUUUUCCAUCCACCACACCACGUUCCCCUUCCUCCCCAUCCUCCCCUUCUAACCCUUCCAUCCUGUCCACGGUGAACUCAUCCACCUUUUACAUCAAACUCACCAUCAAUUCCGCAUUGCGUAAAUUUCAUCCGCAUCUUCACCCAGUUCGUCGAGCUAUUAGCUAUUAACCUGCACCCGACAAUUUGCAAAUUUGUAUUUUUUUAUUACAAAUUAGCAAUCCAGUCGACGCGCUGCAGAUUUUCUUGAACUCGACCUGUAGCUACGCUACGCCACAGUAGAAGUGCAAAUCUUUUUUUUUUCUUUUCUUGGUGCCAUCCAACAUUGCAUCAAACAAAAACAGGAACAAGAAUCACUCAUCGUCCAUAAGUUCUUUCAACCUAUUCUACAUUUGGGAAAGGACUAUUUGGAAAAACACAUCGCAUCGACUUUGCCUAGGUUUGACUGUUCACGACUGUAACUCAUUAGGUCGCGACAAAAAUACAGACAAGUAAUCGCCCGAGAAAGAACCAACAAGACAAGACACAAGAUACUAGGGUGACUAUCGCGACUCCAUCGUAUACCAUCCCACAAGUGCUGCGGGCUUGUUCUCGCUGUACAUUGUGCUUCUGCCGUCCCCUGCAAGUCUCCCACGUACCAAGAGGACAUUAGAGCAAUCAUGACAUCGCCCGUAGCUGAGCUUGAGGCAGGCUUGAAUGCUAUGCUUAGUCUGAAACCACCUGGAGUCACCGGAUCACGUAUUCAAUCCUUGACCAGCCUUUGCGUCGAGAAUAUUCAGUCCGAAUCCGUACUCAUCCAGAAAAUUUAUACACACUUCAAGAAAGCCCCCGCAACUCAUAAGUUAGGAGUGCUCUACGUAGUAGAUUCCGUAACUCGCCGUUGGGUUGACCAGGCUAAACACCAUGGCCAAUCUAUCAAUAGCUCUGCAAAGGAUGGAACCUACGCUGCCGGUGUGCAUAGAGUAACGGAACUGCUUCCUGUGCUUAUGAAUGACAUCCUUCAGAGUGCUCCCGGAGAACAAAAGGAGAAAAUUAAGAAGCUCAUUGACAUUUGGGAGAAGGGUCAAACCUUCCCUCAGCCUCUGAUUGAUUCAUUCAAGCAGAAAAUUACGGCGGUCUCAGCCAAAAAUGAGACCACGACUCCGGUCGGUAGUCCUCCUCCUGGCCCGGGCCUUCCAGGUUUACCAGAGAAUAAGCCACCUGUUACCGAGGCCCCAAACGCCAUCAUGGAAGCCCUGGCCAACAUUGUGCGACAGAAUGGCACGGCGGCGUCUGUCCACAACGGCGUUUCAGCCCCAACUCCCACUUACAGCAUGCCUCCGGCGCAGGCGGGCAUUACUCCGCAGCCCACUCUUCCCCUGGGUCAGAACCACACCCCUGUCCCUUAUGCAACGCCCCAGCAGCCCGUAAGUCUGCCAGGAAUGCCGUACCCAUAUGCUCAGCCGGGCCAAGUCCAGACGUCAACUCCUGUGCCUUCGGUGACUCCUAGUAAUCAAGUCCCCGGUUUUCCCGGUGUAGCUCUAGGUGCCCCUGCGGCUCCUGCUCCUGCUCCUGGCAUGGACCCCAACGUCCAGCAGCAGGUUAUGUUGAUCAAGCUUCUUGCGGAUCAAGGCGUACCAUUUGAUAAGAUACCUGCCAUCAUAGCUAGCAUGCAGAGCAAUAGUGUUGUGGCUUCGAAUGCAGCUACUCCGGCAGCGGCUCCCCCAGUAGGUCAGCCACCGUAUGCUACUGGAUCGUGGGGCCAAGUUGGCUUCCGACCGGACGAGCCACGUGACCAUGACUUCCAGCAAGUGAGAUCGCCGAAUAGAUAUCGCAAUCACUCGCGAUCGCGAUCACCCCCACGCCAUUGGGAUGCGCGUGAUUCUCCUCGCGGUCGUUCUGAUCGUGAAUUCGGCUCGUUUGGACGUAAUUCGCCUGGUUUGGGACGUAUGGACGAUCGUGAUCGUCGCCCAAGGGGCGCUGAUUACCGACAACGUAGCCCUAGCCGCCGGGGUCGUAGUGCUACCCCUCAGCAUAGCUUCCCCCCGGGUGCCAAAUGGGCCGAGUAUGACAGAACCAUUCCCACGGGCCACAUCAAAGUUUUGAGCCGAACUUUGUUCGUAGGAGGUGUCACAUGCCCUGAGAGCGAGCUGCGUAGCGUUUUUAACCGUCAUGGCCAGGUACAAACCUGUAUUGUCAACAAGGACAAACGUCACGCAUUUGUGAAGAUGGUUACUCGCAGAGACGCUGUUACUGCCAAGGAGGCAAUGGAGAACAGCACGUUUAGAACUCGCUGGGGAGUCGGGUUCGGUCCCCGUGACUGUAGCGAUUAUCAGACCGGCAUCAGCGUUAUUCCCAUCAGCAAGCUGACCGAGGCGGACCGAAAGUGGAUGCUGACCGCUGAGUAUGGUGGUAGCGGUGGUCGUCCCAUCGAGACAGGUCUGGUCGUAGAAGAGCCCGAUAUCGAAAUUGGUGCUGGAGUCUCGUCCAAAGCCAUCAGCCGACGUAUGCAGACGGAUAAAGGCGGAAGACAUGGACCAAAGUCGAGUCGAGGCCCCGGUAGUGACGACGACGGUGACCUCACUAGAUGGCGACGAAAUCGUGACACUCGACGAGAAGAUCCACAGCAGGAGGACAGAAAUGGAGUUAACGGACCGACCAUUCCACCUUUUCCUUUUGGAAUCACUGCCGGUCCUAAUGGAAUGCCCGUCUUCCCUCCCGGAUUUGCAUUCCCCCCACCGGCGUCCGAUCAGUAGGACCGAAGACGAUUUGAGACGGACGUGGGUCCAGCAAGACACUAGUCUGGCUGAAUCGAAGGGGUUUGUUGGCAUAGCUGGCCAAUUUUGAGAAAGAGAGAAUCCCAGACUCUCUUGGCAUGAACCCCUGUCGGAUGGGGUCUUUAGUACUACAAGAACUACGAGAACCUUACGAAAUCACGCAGCAUGAAUUGGCGUUGGGGGCAGGCAUUCAAUAUCCAUGGUUAGGACCAGGAUUCGGCAUUUACAAGUGCGAUAUCUCAUCACACUUUUACGUGACGAACUCUGGUCACUUUUCAAAGUAUAUGGUCGGUGGAUUUUGGGAUUAGUAGCCGGUGUUGUCUUGUAAUUUCCUCGUGGAAUUUGACAUGGUCGGCCUGCUUACCUCGUCGCCGAGCAAAGGCAGUCUUGAUAUACUCAGACUCCGUAAUGUAUAGUAAUCCAAGCAGAGAAAGGCGUUUAAGGGCAAGAAAAAAAACCACAUAGCAGGACGGGGCGGCUCAUUUGACGACUACUUGUUCCUACUCCUAAGUGAUGAAGGAGUAGUAGAUAGGAUCCAACGCAGUUGCAAUAUACUGUUAUUGCAGCAUGGAUUGUGACAGGCACGCGAGAGUGAUUUGUGAUAUGUAUCCGAUAGG